AUGAUAUAUUUUAUAAAUAAGACUCAUUAUAUUAUGGGGAGUUCAGUAUCAAGUAAUAAAUCUAACUGGUGGGUUUACUUGGUGGUAUUCCUCGGGUUUAUAUGCUUUUAUUUAAGGUAUUGGAUUGGAAGGAGUAGUGUCGAUCCGUUAUCAACAAUCAUCAAAACAUCCACAUUUGAACAAUUAAUUCAAUGUUCUGAUAUUAAUGAUAGUUUGGAAUGUUUCAAUAACUUCAAAGGUGAUUUGAUUGAUGAAGUCAAGACAAGUAUUGAUUCUGUUUCUCGUUUCCAAUUACAAAAGUAA